AGUCUAUCUUAAAGUUACCGAACAGAGCCACACAGACGUAGUGAAGGGUGGCCGUCACGAUGGGGUACUGUAGUGGAGCAUUGUUUAUACUUAUUGUGCUGCUGCAGUUCCGCGAAAACAUAUCUUCAGGUAGCAUCUGCUACGAACGUCAGUAUGGCUACUCGUCCUCCUUGGGUGGUUUCGUCUACUACUACACUUACUAUGGCUACUGUUCCGCCGGUUGCUGUGGUUACACUACCUCCCGAAAAUGCUGUACCUCGUCCACCUACACCACAUACUCCGGUUUAGGGACUGCUGUAGUCGUUGGAUCUACUAUCGGAAGUGUGGUCUUCUUUGUAGUGAUGGUUAUUGGGAUAUGCUGUUGCUGCAAGCAUAUAAACAAAAACAAAGUUGGCCGUGUCAUGGUAGUCCCCGCACCAACUGGGCCACAGGGUGUUGCUAUAGUGAGCAAUAGUAUGAACAUCCCCAUGCAACAGCAGAUGCCAGAACAGACGUAUGGCUACUUACCGCAGCAGGGUCACCAGGCGCCCCAGGCCUUAACUCAACAGGCCAACCCACCACAGGCCUACCCUCCUCCAGACUAUCACUCGACUGCACCAAUAGUACAACCAGGGAAUUCAUCGGAACCUUUUGCACCAUCGAGCAACAUCCCAUCUGAUUGGAACAGCGCCGCACCAGCAACAACCAAAGAACAGCACUAAAGUACUGGUCAUGUGCAUUCGUUACCGCUCUGAUGAGUGAACUUGGAAUGUCCCCGGACUAUAUGUUAUAUCUUCAAGUCUCAAUAUUUAAGCAAAUCAUUCAGAUUUCGUGAUAUAUCAACUUUUAGGUUAUUAAGAAGGAUACAUAUUUCUAACGCUUUAUCAUAGAAGUAGGCUCUAGAUAUGUGUGUGUUUGUGUGUGUUCUUUCGCUGCUUCAAAUCAUCAGGAACGAGUCAAUCAACUAUAUGCUUUAAAGAAAGGAAUAUGAACGUAUUAAGGGUUAAUAUAAUGUGCAGUAAUGUUCUGGAUAUUUUCAAUAGUGAUAAUAUAAAGCAUGAUACGUCAAUAAAUAAAUAACCGUAAAUAUUUCAUGAAAUCCGGCCCAUAAAAACAUAGGAGUAAAUGUGACACGGGUUAUAUAUAUUUCAGGCUCACAAAUACAUUAUAGUAAAUAUUUUAAGAGUUAAAUAUUUCAGGUUCACAAAUACAUUACAGUAAAUAUUUCAAGAGUUAAAUAUUUCAGGUUCACAAAUAUAGAUACAGUUGAUGAAGUAUUCUGUUGAUAUUUAUUUGUCACAGUAUGAAGUAAAUAUAGAUUUUUCUCAGUAUCCAGUCCAUAUAACGCAAUUGUACCUAAAAGGGGACAUUUUAAAUAAAAUAUUAAGGAACUUUAUACCCUUAUAUCAAUUCUCAUUUUUCACAGAAAUUUAUCAUGUAACUGCACUCUGAAAGAGACAUUUUGGUGUUUUUGCCAAUAUUGGAGGAUACACGAUCAAUAUUAGAAGAAAAUUACCAACAAUUCAAUAAUUUUGGAUUCAAAAACAAUUCCGGUCAAAUCUGUUCUCGAAUUUAGCAUUAAUUUUGAUAAGGAUAAAAUAUGUUUUUAACUGAUAUGAAAGUAAAAAGCGUCAUAUGGCACAAAAAAAUCCGAAAGUAAUAUGUUCGUAUUCAUUGAUAAAAUAAAACUGUCCGUGUAACCAUAAUCAGCAGUCUAUGACUAUGUACAGUUUAAUUGAGAUAAAAGUAACAUUAAGUGAAAAUUACAAACAUAAACAUACGUUAGAUGUAUUGUACGUCAAUUUCUGGGGCGGCUUUACAACAAAUGUACCCUUUUGAGUAAACUGACGUUUGAUUUUAACAGUAUCCAAUGUAUGUAGCUUUGAUACAUUUCUGGAGUUUGUGUGUUUGUUACAGUACCAUAACAAUAUAGAUUUGAUACGUAGUCUUAAAUUUGUAGAUGAGUUACAGUAUCCAUUGUGUAUUGUUUUUCUUUUGUCCUCCUAAAAAUAUAUCCAUUUUUUUUUUUUUGUUAGUGAUCAAUCAGUAGCUUUCAAAUUUUACACAAUUUGCCUGAGGUAACUAUUUCAAAAUUAAAAUUAAAAUUGCCCUUGUUAAAUUGACUUUUCCUUUUUUCGUUUUGUCGGUUAUUUAUUUAUUUUCCGACGUCGCUGCCAUUAUGUACGCAAUGCGCUAUAAUAAACAAAAAUCUACCAGAAUCUUGCAUUUGUUUCUAAGAACAUUAUUUUAACUUGUUAAAUUGGAUUGGGAAUCGUUAAUGCUGUAUCAAAUUAGUAAUGUUGUAGUUAUUUUAUUGCGGUACAUUCAGCCUAGGAUUACAUACACAUCAGUGUCUCAGCUGACAGCUUGAUCAACAUAACUCAUUAAACUGUUGGGUAAAACUAACACAAUCAGAAACAGAACAAAACAAAAUGUACCCAAUGAGUUAUACAUGCUAAAUUAAUUCGUUAAUUAUGAUAUUUUAAAUUAUUGAGGUUUUCGUGAACUAUAUGUCUUGCAGAUCUAACACAACUAAAUUACCGUAAACAUAAGUGAUCAGUGGUAGAACAAAUUUGAUAUUUAGACUCAUUGUUUAUCCCAUGUGCCGUUUUUUUCUAUAAUUGAACCUAUUAAGUAUACAACAUUAAGGAUGCGAGGAUUUGCAUCCAUUCAUAUUAUUCGAUAUGAACAGUCCGAUUAUGCUAAUAAUGUAAUGUGCUAAACAUAAACUGCAUCGGUCCGGAUGAUAAGUCAAUGCAAUUAACAUAUAGAUAAUUUGAUCCCUAUAAUGUAAUGCAAGGGAUAUAUUUAACGCUAUUAGAUUUAUAAUGCAAGUGUUUAACUUGGAUACUAUAGGCUCAAUGUAAUGCACGUGUAUUUAAUUGAACAAUAUUAAUCUUUAAUUCAAUAAUAAGAAAAUGUAUGAAAUCGGCAUAGAUGGCAUAUUUGCUGAAUCCUUGUACUUUUAAGUCGUUAUGACUGGCGAAUACGAGGAAAAUCAAAACCUUUAAUGGGACAAUCCUAAUGUUUUCUGUACCCUUAAAAAGGAUGUUAUAAAGAUUUAUAUAUAUUAACACUUUUAAUUGAAAUAUUGCCUUGCAUAACUGAUUUCCUGUUUAUAUUAUAGUCAACUAACAUACGUUGGUGCAUCGUUAAAAUGUACACUAUUUGGAUUAAUUAUCCAUACCUAAUUCCGUCCCCAAAUAGUUAAAUUUAAUUUUUAAUUCGUUUAUAAUUAUGUAAUUUAUUUUCUAGAAUAAAUCCUCUUUAAACGCCCGCAAUUUUUUUUAUCUUAUCGUUAACAUUUUUAUGAAAUUUAAACUAUAAAGAAAAUUAAAAGAUGUAUGCAGUGCGAAAAGGUUUCAUGUUCUUUAAUUAUCUAUAAACAUGUAUCUCUGUGAUAGUUUUACUCCGUUUGCUGUGAUAUUAUAAAUGCAACAAAACAUGUUCUAUUAUUUUUUUUAAGUUAAAGUAGUAUCAUAAUGUGACAUUUUGUAUCUUUUUGUGCUUAUUAAUGAUAUAUUUCUGUGGAAGCAAAAGUAUUAUUCAAUGCACUGGCUGUAUUGUCGUCAUUAGCUUUUAUUCACAUGCUAAUAUAGAAAUUCCAUCAGUAAUUACCAAAUUGAAAACUAUUUCUUUUUCUUUUUUUAACAGAUGCUUGUAUAUAUACUGUUUGUUUAACCUUAUUAUUAAACUUUGAAUUAAAGCAUUGUCAAAAAGUA